UUAUAAAAGCCUAACUAAAACCUCCCAAUCAAAUUAUCAUUAUUAUUACAAGUAGAACAUCCCCAACCAAAAAAAAAAAGUAAACUUGCUUUUGCUUAGUUAGCCACCCAAUUAAUUAAAAUGGAGCAACCACAAUGCAACGUUGAUCAAUUUGAGGACUCGCAACAAUCGCCCGAACCCUUAACGGGCGGGCCCCAUUUGAGUAAAAUCCAAGGGUCGGGUACAAGACAUCCGGUGUACCGUGGGGUUCGAAAGCGGCGUUGGGGGAAAUGGGUAUCGGAGAUCCGGGAACCCAAGAAAAAGAAUCGAAUAUGGCUCGGGUCAUUCCCGUUACCCGAAAUGGCAGCCCGGGCUUAUGAUGUUGCGGCCCAUUGCUUAAAGGGCUGUAAGGCACAACUUAAUUUCCCUGAUGAAAUUGAAUUUUUGCCCCGGCCCGCUUCCAAUUCGGCUAGGGAUAUUCAAGCUGCUGCAGCAAAGGCGGCAAAUGCAGUUGGACUAGGACAUGUGGAUGAAGGGGAACCGUCUGAUCUCUAUGAUCAACAUGAUGAUCAUGAUGAUGAUGAUUUUUGGAGAGAAAUUGAUCUUCCGGAAUUGUUGGAAACAGAGCAAGGAGGCUAUUUUAUAGAUUUCUAUAAUACUUCAUUUGGUGAUUUAUAUUUGUAGGUAAGUCUAUGAAAUGGUAAUCAUCUAUGUCAAGUAAAAUAUUUUUUGUUCAUUUUUUAAAUUUUAAAUGUAUAAACAUAUUUUGGUUCAUAAAUUUCAUAGUGGUAGCGCUUCCCUUGAUUUUCAU